CUGCUCUCGCGCGCACAGCGUUAACUGGAUUUCGUCAGCGGGCAAACAACACACUACAUUUUCGUUCGCUCGUCGGUGUCGUUCGUAGUGCGCGUUCCAUCAUCGUUCCAGCAAGUAGGCUGGGCGUUUUAAGCUGCCGUGUUGUGUGUACAUUUGGUGUGUGGUCGCAGCAGUGCAUCCGCCGUCGCCGUUUCUGUCAUCGUCAUAUCCACCGUCGUCGUCUUCCGUUCGGGAAUUACCGUAUGUGUGACACACUGGUACGCGGCCGUGUGUCUCUCUAGCUACACAUACACAGCAGUGCAAUCAGCAGAUGGAAUAAAACGAUAGAAAUGCGCACUGGAGCGCAACAGUGAGUGAGUGAGUGAGUGAGUAUGGUGUGGCGUUGUUGAUGCGGUUCCCCGCAUGUGGCGCAGUAGUGUGCGUGUGUGCUAGCGAAGAAAGGGUGGCUGCGUGAUCGCGCGGGUGCUGUCAACGGCGUUAUUCAUCAUCACAGUGUGCUGUGUGGCAGUGCGGUGUGUCAUGCGAGCAGCGUGUAUUAUCCGUGGCUACGAUCUCCAUGGUUUCACCCUACUGAGACGCCACACGCCAAGUGUUUGCAGUGUUUGAAAGUGCAGUGAGCUUUUCGGUGACAGAAAUAUGUGGCUAGGGGCAAAUGAUCGGCAAGUGUAUUAUGACGUCGUUGAGCAGCGAUUCACGCAGCCCCGGCAAUGGUGCUAGCAGCUCCAGCGGUGGGGAUGUUGCGAACAACAAUCACCUUCCGCAGGAUGUGCCCGCACCGGAUAUUGUUCUGUGCAGGACUAAGAUGCGGGAUCGGUCCGCGGUAGGCAAUGGGCAUGUGGCGGCGGCAGAUCGGGCGUCCCCAUGUGCUCAGGACGAUGAUCCAUCCCUACACCGCAACACAAGUCGGCAAGCUUCAGAGCAACAUCAGGGCAUGGUCGAAGGCAUGUGUCGCUUAGCAACGCUCCGAACUGCCAGUGCUAGAUCCCAGAUGGCAUCACCGACACCGAGUGGGGCGAUGAUGAGCAACGCUCAGUCAGCUUCUGCAGUGAUCGGCAGCUGCGAUCCUGCCCGAUCAGUCGAAUCGUCUGUAUCUGCAGCUGCAGGUACCUCAUCAAACAGACGGCAUCACCAAUCAGCGGUUGUCGAUCGGGAUGGGACCCGUGACAUGACGGAUUCCGGAUCGCCAUUGCGUAUGGCGGUCAGUUCGACGGUUGUUGAAUUGGAAGAUUCUUACGCCGAACUGGAACGGAUUCUGGAAAAAGUGCAAGCGGAAAUAUCGGAAAUGUUUGAACAAACUAUGCUGAAUGAAAAUGGAACCACCCCUGUGGCCGGCAACGGGACAACGGGAAGUGACAAAAAACGGAAAAAUGACUUACAGGCCAAUCAUGACGAAGGGACUGGAUAUGGAAGGUUAACCGAAGCCGGUCCACCUCUACAAACACAUCACCAGCAACAGCAGAACGCUAGUCAUCACGUAAAGUAUGCUACCAUACCGCACGCAAAUGUUACCCAGCAGAGCAGUAGCGCCGAUGUCGCCGGUGCUUUUGCCUCGAAUUUCGGACGCAACAAUCCCUCGGUGCCGAUCGACAGCAAUGCAAAGCGCACCCGGAAUGCGUACGAUCAUCGUUACCGAUCGCACGAUCGAAUGGAAAUGGUGAGCUCGACCACGUCAGCAUCGACCUCGGCCACACUUCCCAAGCCCAGUGCCCGUUCGCAAUCGGCGGGCGAAACCAUGUCCUCGAGCGGAUACAGCAGUUACGGACGCUACACGGAACGGUCCGAUAGCUUAUCGGAUGAUAUGAGCCUGCUGGACGUCGCUGCGCCCUCGUGCGAGGAUAGCCAGGAAGGUGCGGGCGAUGAUACGACCUCGGACGAGCGCGAAACCAUCGUAAGCGGUGGUGUACGUAAACGCCACCAGCAGAAACAAUCAGCGGUGCUAUCUAGCGGUGCAACGGCGGGACCGUCGAGUAAAGACUUUACCAGAUAUUACUACAACAACAUCGAUCAGCAGAUGGUGGCAAACGAUCGGGGGCUCAAAACGAGCACCAACAGCCUACCGUCCGUGGCGGCCACUGGAGGCCAUCGGAACAUGGCCCUACAUCUUAAGUUUAAAUCGCACCAGAGUGCGAUCGACGCGAAGCGGAAACAGUUUUUCCUCACGCUCGAUCAGGAACCAUUCCAACCGCUCAAGUCCAACAUGGCCGAUUUACCGUCGCCAAGCAGCACGUCACUGCACAGCGGCCACAACCAUCUGAUUGCAGAGGAGCUAGGCUCUAAAUCGAGUUCCGCUCCGGUGCUGCUCAAGGAUGAAGAGAACGUUCUCACGGUGGCACGGGCAAAUCUUCGUUACUCGAGGUCACAAAGCGAUCGACAUUUGGCGGAAAUCGAAGCAAUUGAAGCUUGUCGAUGGUUGCGUGCCGCCGGGUUCCCACAGUACGCCCAAAUGUACGAAGAUCACCAGUUUCCCAUCAUCGUGGAAGAUGUAGCAAAGGAUCAUCCGUUCCUUGAGCCAGAUCCACUACAGUCCCUGUUUCGUCGUCUCCACACACUCAACCGGUGCGCAAACAUGCAUCUCGAUGCUCAUCAGCAUACACCAAAACCUUCGCACCGCGACGACUCGGACGAUGACAGCUGUGCGCUAAGCGAAGCGUGGACAUUCCAACACAACAGUCGCCGCUGGUCCCGCGUGGAUGAUGCGAUCGGGUUGGUCAGCGUGAUCAACAAUAAGCAACAGCAGCGAAACGCACAGAAGGAUGCACAAUCCAAAGGGACCGGUGGCGAUCCGGCCGGUCACGGAUCGCACCAGCAGCGGCGCCACAACAACAACACUUUGCUGCGUGCGGAAGAUCACGAAAAGCUGUGGCUCGAGUCGGGUGGGAAAAUAACGAUCGGUGUACCGUCCGACACCGACUCGCAGGAUGAUUGCGGAACGGUUGGAGGAAGUGGAGGGGUGCAUCUUCGGCGUACCGGUAGCGAGCGGCUGAAGGAUGGUGCCAAGGCAAUACUGCGACGCGUCGAGUCGAUCAAAUCAAGGCGGCGGAAGAAGCAGAACCGCGACGGACUGAUCAUUCUGGCACCGCCAGCGGCACACUCGAGCGCCCACCUUUCCCCACAUCAUCGCCCGUCCGGCGACGGUAUCGAUGGGUACGGUGGGUCCGGGUUUGACAUAAUGUCGUACUCCAAUCCUACCUCACCCCGACCUUCGGCCGAAUUGCUCGCAUUCGACGAUGCGCUCGAUGCGGCGGGCAAUCGCAAGAAGGAUCUGUUCGCAAACGAUCUGUUGGGACGGCGGAAUCUGCUGUUGUCGCCAAACGUAAGCACACCCGCCACUGCCUGGUCGCCGUUGCACGGUGGAACCGAUGGCAAACGGUUCCCAGACCGAUCGUCUCCCGGCGGUACGUUGCCGUUUCGGCAGCAGGUUCAACUUCAGCAAGAGUCACGAUCCGGGGACGAUUCAUCGUCGAUAUGCAGCGAGGACAGUGGUGGCGGUGGUGGUCCGGGGACCGAUUUUACCUCCACCAACGUCAGCGCCGGUCGGUCGGAGAAGCUGACCUCGCGCAAAUAUCCUCGGGCGAAGAAAGCGCUGAGAAGCAAAGUCAUUACCAGCACCGUAGCGGAUGAUCAGUCCGGCGGUGGAGCACUCUCGGACUCCGAGUGUCACGCCAAGCAGCGGCGUUCGAAGAUCAAGGUAGAGCUGCUCGAUUGUGAUCUGUCUGGGGCGAACGAUGGCGUGUCUACUACGACGGCGGACAGUAAGGGUAGAGGUAAUGGUGGGGGUGGUAACACGUUGACGGCACCGGAUGUAAAUGCUUCCCCGUCGAAACUGCACCGCGGAGGUUCGUUAAACCUUGGCAAAGCUUCCAAGCGGUAUCGGGACGCGUUCAGCAAUCGUUCCGUGCGCCACAGCACGAAAGCAACGGACGAAAGUGGUGAGGGCGGUGGGCGUUCCAGUAGCAAACGAUCGCCGGUCGCCCGUUGGCAUAGCUUCCAGCAGCCGAAGGUGUCUCCGAUAGACUUGCAGCAAUCCGACCAGCUGGUUGCCAAAGAAGAUCGAAAACCAGCGCUGUUACAGCGAGGAACCACCAUAGCGCAACUGGUCACUAGCUCCACGCACACCAACGCUAUGACAAUCACCUCUACCAACUCCAGCACGGGUAACGCAGCUAGCGUAACGGGGAAAGCUCAAAAACACACGGCGGUCGCCUUGGUGGAAGGUAGCCAACAUUCCAGCGGAGCCGCAACCGGGGACCGCGGGUCAGAUGCGUCCGGAAGUGGGGUGCGCAUGUCGGAGAUGUCCUGCGGUCAGCUGCUGGUAGUGCGCAAGCUUGGACUCGCUAACCUGACCGGCUACAUGGAGCGCUACUGUCCGACGCAUCGGUCCGGCUGGAACUGGGAUUUGCCAAAGUUCAUCAAGCGCAUCAAGACACCCGACUACAAAGAUCGCAAGGUGUUUGGGAUGCCGCUGGUGCUGAAUCUGCAAAAGUACGGCAGUACGGUGCCGUACACGAUUCGGCUAGCGUUCGGAUGGCUGGAAAAGAAUGCCCUCGAUCAGGUCGGUUUGUUCCGGAAGCCGGGCGUGAAGUCGCGCAUCGCCAAGCUGAAGUCGGUGAUUGAGGCAAGCAAUGACGUUGGAUGGCGCAGCGAAAUGUUCGACGAGUACCACGCGUACGAUGUGGCGGAUCUGGUGAAACAAUACUUUCGCGAGCUGCCUGACCCGCUGCUUACCGCCAAGCUGUCCGAGACGUUUAUCGCUAUCUUCCAGUAUCUCCCGGACGAGGUGCGUGCGGAAGCCGUGCAGUCGGCCAUUCUGCUUCUCCCAGACGAACAUCGCGAAGUGCUGCAUCUGCUGUUAACAUUCCUCGAAAAGGUGGUGCAAAACUCGAGCCUAAAUCAAAUGACCGCCAACAAUCUGGCCGUCUGCUUUGCGCCUUCACUCUUCUAUCUGCUGUCCGGGAAUAGAUACACGGCAGCAUCGCCCAGAAGGAAGAAAACCGGUGCCGGAUCGGGGACGCCCGACGAGAAGGAGCUGUCCGAGGCAAAGGCAUCACACGAAUGUUUGGCGUACAUGAUCGACCGUUUCCAGAGCCUGUGGACGAUCAGUAGCGAUCAGAUGCGACGCUGCAACUUCAACUACAUGGACGAAUCGAAACCGGUGCCACUGGCGUCGCUCGGUACGGAAAUGCACGUCCAGAACUGGCGCGGCUAUCUGUCCGAGUCGAUCAACGAGUGUCUUCGUGAGGGGCGCGAACGACCCCGUGGCUGGGUGUCACUGAGCUCGACCGAUCCAGCGGUAACGGCGUUCUUCAAAAAGGUGGGCGAUGGCCAUCCGCUGCGUCUGUGGAAGUGUGUCACGGAAGUCGAGGCACCGCCGAUGGAGGUGAUACAGCAUAUCGUCAACGAGCGGCCCCUUUGGGACGCGUAUCUGCUGAAGUGGCGCACAAUCGAACAGCUCGACCAGGACACCGAUGUCUUCCAAUACGCGUGCGGUCAACCAGUCACCGAGUAUUGUGUCGUGAGACAAUGGAAAAACGAUCUUCCCCGCGGUGCCUGCGUGAUAGUGGAGGUGUCAAUAUCACACGAAAGUGCCACUUCGCUGCUUGGCGGAGUGAAUGGCGUUGUGCUGGCGUCGCGCUAUCUGAUCGAGCCGUGUGGCAGUGGAAAGUGCAAGCUAAUGCACCUUUCGCGCGUCGAUAUGAAAGGCCGCACGCCCGACUGGUACAACAAAAACUACGGACACGUUUGUCAGCAAUAUCUUUCCAAGAUCAAAAAAUUCUUUGAACACUGCGCCGAGGGACCUGAAACUAAAGUGUAAAACAUAGCAUCACCACGGAUGUCGGAGGAGACGGAGCUCCGACCAAAGCCGGACCCCGAGAUAUUACUGCGAAACGAUCUACUGACUGUUUAAAUGAUCGUGUAGCAUGCAGCCUGUAGCGUCUGGCGCAAACACAGGGAGAAAGAAAGUAAUCUCAUACAGGAGGGAAGCAUUUACUCGACAUUUUUUCCUACACCACCCUGUUGCUGUUCCUUAACACGCAGCCGGAAUUGGCGAAGAAUCCGUAACAAGUAAGUUGAUAGCAUGUAUACAAGAGCAGCCGGUGGUCGAUGCGCGGUUUUGACUGCUAGAGCAAAAAAGCAAACAUAGGUUAUCUACAAGAAGAAGAGGAAGAAGAACCAGUUGUUUCCUAAAACAUUCCAGAAUUUCAUUACCAAGUGCCUAACAAUGAAAACAAAUACGCAAACAUACACACAGACAAAGCAACUGCAAGGAGUGAACACAAAAGUGAGGUUUAUAAAGUUUGUGAUGCGAGUGGAAGAUGUGGCCAGAAUUAAGGAAAACAAAAUGCCUCAUCUUAAGACACAAAAUCAAUUGUUACGGAUGCACAACUUGGGGGGUUUAUUAUGAAGACCUCUCUCUCGCUCUCCCUCCCUCUCUCUAUUGCCUUCCGGUUGCUCCAUCCACCAUACCACACAGUCCAGAAGUGUUUGCAUUUUCGUACAGCACAUUACACAGUGGGUCAAACGCAACUUGGGACUGAUGGGAUCGAAAUCGAACAAUAAUUGCACGACUUUGAGGACGAUUCGCUUAGCAUUAGGGUUGGAAAUCGUGAAACUUUUUACGCACAUCUCUUUUUCACACCUGUAUGAUAAGCAGGAUGAUUGGUACAGAGUGGUUUUAGCCUGCUGUAACAUACCGCUUACUCCAUCACCCCAUCUCAGAUUGGGGCAUCCACGUCUCCUAUGUCUGUGUGAUCAGCCCACCGGAGCCUUGCGUGUCUAAUUCGCUGAACGAUGGUGAGAUCACCGCACACCUCGUAGAGCUCGUCGUUGUAGCGGCUCCUCCAUUGUCCUUCCUCACAUACGUGGCCAUCUGAGCAUCUUCCUUGUUAAUGUUGAACAGAGUCCCUGUCUCAGAAACCCAUGUGAGUACUGCAACUCCAAAUGUCCUAUAUAUAAUCCUGCCUUCGUUCGUUGAGACAGGUGUUUUGAGUGGAGUGGAGCCAGCACCCUAGCUGACUUUUGACCCCAGUUAGGCGAAGUUUUGGAUGACUUCAAAAGUGUUUGUUUGCAGGGCCACUAGUGGUGCCUUUUAUACGGGGCAAUUUAUGGAAAAAUGAGAGCUAGUAACGAAACCGCUCAGUGCAAAAAAAAAAUUAAAACCUUCCAUUCAAGACUCUCAACAUUGGUAUUACAAAGCUCACAUAAUGUCACAUUCCUUAAUUUGCAACAAACGGCGAACACGUAUUACACAGGAUAGUUUCACGAAAACGAGAUACGGCUGUUCGUAGUUGACGUUACAGAUGCGUGAAAAAUAUUCCAAAUCAUCACAAAAUAGCAAAACAAGCUAGGAGAAAGUUGAAAAAAAUUUCCCUUAUUUUUUAAAUAAUUUAAAUACGAAAAAGUUAGGUGUUUCCUUGUCAAAUUGGACUUUUUCGACGUUCGGUUCUCAUCAGUUUUUUUUUUUUGCAAAUAAUUAGUAAGUGCGUGUGUAACAAAACAAGCGAAAAAAGGGCAAAUAAGGUCCCCCUCCAUGGCCUACUAAAACCGUCCUCAAAGUCGACCAAUUUUGCUGUCAAUAUCUUGGUGUCCCGAUUUGCGUUUGAGGCACUGUACGCAAACAUGUAAUAAUGUAGAGACAGACCCAGAGAACAGAAUAAGGUCAAAGCUAUAUGCAAAUUUGUUACGUCGUCGUCAUCGUAUAAGACCUAUUUACACACAUACACACAGACACAAACUAAAACUAGUCCAACACACAAAACUUAACAAAUAUUUAGCAAAGCCUGUUUUUUUGUUUGUUUUAUAAACGAUUUACGUUUUUAAGGAUAAUUGUCUUGUACAUUUUACCCAAACCUCCCCCCCUCUCCCCAGACACACACACACACUCUGCAACACCUAACACGAUAUCUUAUAUAUAUGUGUGUGUGAGUGUGUAUAUAUUGUAUUGAUAUCCGGUAAGGAUUGUUUUCUUUUGCGUACCAUUAAGCUUAAAAACUUGUAAAUAGUUUUUUUUAUAGUUUAUUAAGAUGUUUUUUUUUUCUUCUGUAAUUCAUAUAAACGUGUAUGUGAAGACAAUAUAUAAAAGAACGAGCGCGGCGAUUGAAAACAAAGGAAAAACAAAUCACUCAAAGACCGCAAAGGAAAAGACACACACAGCCAGACUUACCAUCCGAUUGCUCCAAAAAUUCCGCACGGGACCAAACAGACAGACAGACCAAUACCAAGACCAAACCGAAGAGAAUCUUCCUGGAUUGGAGGAGCUCACACCGCAUACGGACCACAUACGGAACCGGUUAAUAUGAAUCUGUGCAACUUGUUACAAAAGCAUAUAUUUAAAACGAUUGUGAACAAAAUCGACAGACCAGGGAGACGGAUAAAACAACAAAAGCGCCCAGGGCCAGUUAACCAGGGGGAAUAGUAAAACGCUCAACACCGAUCGGCACCGGAAGCGCGGUGUUGCAGGGGCUAGCUGGGGAGGAGGCAGGGAAAGAAACGGGAAUACAACUAUCAUUAAUGGUGCAUUAUUAUGGAAACAGAGCAAAAAAGGCUAGCCACCCUUGCGCGCGUUCGCGUUGUUGUGUGGUUGUUGUCGAUCAAAAUAAAAGCAAAACAUUCAAA